GUGCUGCGAGGAACCUACAACCAACCAACCCAAUGGCGGGAGAUCACGAACUUUUGACAUGAUGCAAAAACGCUGGUCUUAAGAAGAUAUGAAAAGGUUAAGAAGUAGAGUUCAGUCAAAGAAAGUCUUUCUUUUAUCAGGAUUUCCACAAAAUGAACGAAAGCAACUUGCCAAAAAGAUUCACGAGCUGGGUGGACUUUAUUUGGAUUCUGAGAUUUUUAGAACAAACUGCACACACGUCAUUUGUGGCAAAUUGUUUCGCAGUGAGAAAUUCCUGGGAGCAUGUGCCACAGGGAAGUGGAUUUUGACGGCGGACUUCAUUGAAGAAAGUCAUGUUAAAAAAUCCUGGGUGAAUGAAGACACUUAUGAGUGGAGUCCGUAUCAUGACAGAAAAGACUGCCCAAUGUCGUUGUUGGUCGCUCCUAAAAGGUGGAGGUUGGCAAUUGGGAAAAGCAAUGAGUUAGCAUUCAAAGGGUGGAAGGUGGCUGUGCUAGCUGGUAGCCACAACAGAAAUUCUACUUUUAAAAGACUCCUAACAGGUGGUGGUGCAGAUUUGUACGGUAUGACUGCACCGGUUAAAAAUCCAGGAAGAGUUGCGAGCAAAGUGGCCUACAUUUUCACGGAGGGAAAGGCAGCACAUACAUUGCAUGAGCAAGGUCUUAUGGAUUAUGGAGUUCUGUUAUUGAAGCCAGAGUUUAUUGCUGCAUUUCUGUUACAGAUAUCUUCUGAUCCCAUGGAUUACCUUGCUGUGGAAACUAAAAAAUCUGGAACCAAUGAUGACUUUUCGUUUAAUUUAUCCCAGGAAUGCCACAUUAAUUCAUCCCAAGACUCUUCACAUUCAGUAUUUUUAACAAAGGACACUUCAAUAAAACUGACAAAACCCGUGAACAAAGGCAUCACAGCAGAGAGCCCAAAGACGCCUGGAACACCACUAAACUCCAAGUUGUCGGCAAAUAGUUCGACUCCGUGCAGACUGUCUCAGAGUUCACUGGAAGAUUUCUUCAAGACAAGCAGACGCCUCUCGGCCCCUCUGACUCCAUGUUCCUCGGUGAAGAAGUUUCCACAGGAACGCUGUGUGGAUGCAUUGAGAGCUUCACCUUCACAGUCGACAGGAUCUUGUAGUGCAUCUAAUCGAACACAACAGUUCCACCCACAGUUGCGUUUGGAUUUUGAACAGGACCCCAUCCUCAGUGUUAAACCAGUGACUGUUAACAGAAAGCUAAAUGGUACAGUGAUUUCAAAUGCUUGCACACCUCAGAAUCUGAAACCUGUGGAAAAAUUGAACCUCGAUGAAACCCCAACACACAAUGGAAGUUGGUGUUCUGCAAAAAGAAAAAUUGAAGAAACUAAACCUGAGAACUUGCAAACUAAAAAAAUUAAGAAAAGACAUCCUGAAAAAUUAUGGAAGCCAACAUUUGUUAGAUGGACACAUAACCAGGCUACGAAUAAAGACAUUUUACCAACCGAGUUCCCAGAGUCGUUAGCAUCGCUGAUUGAAAUCUGUGUGGAUGAAAAAAAUCUUCUUACAGCUCUUGAUCUGACGUCAUCAAUGCUGACAGUGACAAAAUAUCCACAACCUCGCACAAUUCAUGCCAUUAUAACAAAUAUCCUGGAGAAUGCCAGUAACUGUCGAAUUGCCCAGAAGGCUUUCGGUGUUCUGAUGAGUAUAAUGAAUAUGCAUCCACCGACGACUGCCCUGAUGCAAAGUGUGUAUCUGUCCGCGUUCCAGUCUCAGCAAGAUGACUGCAGUGCUGAGAUAGCUUGGAAUUACAUCAGUCACGUGAUCAGCAAUGCUGUUGCCGAGGUGGAGUGUAUGGAUGUCAAUAAGAACUACCAGCUGCUCCUGCAGUUUCUCACAUCACUGUUUGAGUGGAACUUCAGCAACCUACUUUUGCUAAAUGAAAGCAGUGAUCAUACCAGACUCUCCAAGGGCAGUCUUGUUUCCUGUAUGCUGGUUCAGGUUUUGUGGUCACCCAGCUUCAAUAUUGCCCCCAACAGUCGGACACGAGCCUUGCUCGAUCAUCUUCAGGAAUGUCUCUUGCUGAAUGUGCCAUUUGUUAAUAAGCAUCAUGUUUUGGAAUUACUUCUCAGUUUGGUUUCAAUGACAGCCCAGUGUUGUCAUUUGGCUGACAGAGGUGCAUUUUCCGACAUUGUAGAAGGAGAUCGGAGAAUGGCGUUUGUGUUCGAACUUGCAAGAAAACUCAGUGCAUCGUGUAUUGAUGAAGUGCAGACAUUGCAGGUGAUACUAAGACAUCUUCAGCCUUCUUGGUUGUGUCUCAGGGUGUGCCAGAUUCUUCUUGGGUCCUUUGAUGAUUAUCUUCUCUUAGACAAACUGGAUGGACAGCAGAUAUCACUUGCCAAAAUUGUCACUCAGUAUUUUUUCCUCUUGCCAAGAUUGGUACUACAGAAGGGAAAACCAGCAUCUCAGAUAGACCGUACUGUAGAACCAAGGACAUCACAUUCCACGAGAAGUACUGCAACACAGACUGUAGAGGGAAGAGAAUCAGAGUUAAAAACUGUUGAAGUGUUUACGGCUUCUUCAAAGCAAUCAAAAACCACCAUGAAAAAGCUUGUUAAUAAAGUCAACAAAAGAAACUCAAAGGGCGAGUCAUUGUUCCAUCUUGCAUGUAUAAGGAAUGACACACACGCACUCCGUCAGCUGCUGCAGAUCCCAGGUGUUGAUGUCAAUGUGCAAGAUUAUGCUGGAUGGACACCACUGCAUGAAGCUUGUAACCAUGGUCACCUUGAAUGUGUCGAAAUGCUGUUGAAAUUUGUGCCUGCUAAAACAGUGGACAGUUACUUCAAUAAUGAUAACAAGUGUCCGAAAGUAGAUUUUCUCUUAAGCACACCUGAUGGAAUUACUCCUCUACACGAUGCUGUCAACAAUAAUAAAGUGGAUGUGUGCCGAAUGCUGCUCAAAUAUGGGGGUAUCCGACUGCUGAAAGCGAAAACUGAACAAGGUCUUUACCCGGUGGAUCUGGCUCAGACGAUCGAGAUGAAGAACUUAUUGAGUGCUACUUUACAGGAGAUGUUUGUCAGUAACUCCCAGGAGCUGGCGUCUUCUCAAGAGCAGGCAUUGUCUCAAGACUCGCAGCGUUCAACAGGCUCACAUCGAACGAGCUACAUUCCACCCGACUUUCUGUAUGAACAAGUUCUGAACACAGAAGAUGGCACAGUGAAAGUCUGUGCCAAGGACUGCAUGAAAUAUGUCACACUGGUCAUGUUUCUCUUGGAUUCCUACAUAAUUGCAACAGGUCUGCUGCUCAAAUACAACUCCAGAACUCCCAAGAAAAACUCUUCCUUUGCUGCUCUCACAGAAGAUUCGAGUCAAGAGUCCAGUCAGAUUUCACAGAACCUGAGACAGAAUGAUGUUGAGAAUCUUCCCAGCUCUAAAAGCCAGAGUCAGAAUGAUGCUGAAAAAGUUGUGAAGUUGCAAAAUUUGAAACAGAAAUGUAUUGUAAAAGUGUUGAACUCGCAUACGGUGAAGCACUGUUGGGUUGAAAAUAAUGGGUCUAGCUUCAGUAAACAAGGAAUGAUACAAAUCAAACGUGAACCUUUGAAUCCAGUAAGGCUUAAACUUAAGAACAGUCAAAACGGAGUACAGGUGAUGUGCAGGCAGUCGCACAGACUAAUAAUUAAGCGCGAAGUCAGAGCUCUUCGGCAAAUGGAAGCAAAUAUCCUCCCAGAGACGUCUGGGAAAUCUAAAGACGAGACUGCAGGUAAACUGCAGCCUAGAGAUGAAACCCGAGGGGACUUCCAUCACCUCAGAAAGAUGAAGCACCACCUAAAGCAUUUUGAAACUCAUCUGCAGAGAAUAACAAAUAAGGAGGAUUUCAAAACACUGGAGUCAAAACUUGCUUGUUUGAAUGUUUCUCUUAGUUGUAUUUGAAAGAAAUGAAAAUUAUUGGGUGAUGAUGAAGAAAACAGUUUGCUAUUUUGAUAUUAAUAUAUAAGACAGAAUUUGAAAUCAUACAGUGAAAUAUAUUUAAUAUUAGAAGUAUUAAUAAUUGUAUUAGGUUAACUGAGCCUGUUUUCACCAAUUGUCCAAAGGGCAUUGUGUGUAAACUUUUUUGCAUUUUCAACUUCUCACCUGAAGGGUGCAAAAGGGGGAAAUUUUCUGUAUGAAUUUCAUUAAUGUUGGGUUUCCCAUCUGUUCUCGGGAAGGGUGAAGUUUAUUAGUUAUAUAGAGAAGUUAAUUUAAACUAAUUUCUUCACAACUACUGGUACUAGACCAUUUCCAGGUACAUUUGGUGGGAAGCUUCCUUGACCCAUAGAGAAACAAAGUCAUGAAUUUGGUCAUUCUGACAUCCCAAUGAAAAUUGGGUGUCUUACACUCCUUUAGUUUGGUAGGUUCCGUCAACAAUCUACUCAGGUGACCAUUUAGGUCCAUGGACCUCUUGUAAACUGAAAGAUCAUAUAUUAAAAUGCUAUAAUUUUAGACAGUUAUAUUUUUAGAGUUCUUUGAAAAUGAACAAACUAUUUUUACACAAAAUUCUUCUUACUAUUUCACAAUUUGCUUUUGUUAUUAAAACAGACUUGAAGAAUUCUCCCUUGAAUCAUAAAAUAAAAGGAAGGAAGGAAAUGUUUUAUUUAACAACACACUCAGCACAUUUUAUUUACGGUUAUAUGGCAUUGACAUAUAGUUGAGGACUGCACAGAUAUUGAGGGAGGAAACCCA